AUGAAGCAGAACGAACUGGACAACCUCGCGAAGAACAUCAUCUCGGGCACCGUUCAAGACAAACACGUGAUGAAAAUCAUAAAGUGCACAACCACCAGAGAAAUGUGGAACGCUCUUGAGAGGAUGUGUGCUAGAUCCGAGGAGAUCAAACAAAACAAGUUGUCUAUAGCAUGUCAAAAGUUUGACAACUUCCAGAUGUUGAAGAAUGAAUUAAUUGAAGAAAUGGAGUUCAGAUUCCACCAAAUACUGAAUGAAGUCCAAGCAAUUUCCAGAAAUAAGUACACCCAACACGAGAUCAACUUGAAGAUUAUAAGAAGUCUAACACGUGUAGAUUGGCAGAUGUAUGCUAUUGCUCAGCAAACCAAGCCAAAUUUCAACAUACUAAGCACAGUGCGCUUGUUCUCUGACCUUAAAGCCAACGAAUUUGAUAUCCAACGAAACAAGGACAGCAAGAAGGCAGGAACCUCAGAUGAUGAUGCUCUCUUAGCCUCCAAAGGAGCAGCACUGAAGGCUGCAUCAAGAGAUUCUAAGAAGCAAUCGAAGGAGUCGACUGAUACUAAAACUGAAGACUUUUUCAGUCAAUAUGCACUAAUGACUGAAUGGUUUAACAAGAUGGAAUCGAGGUUCAGAAAAUACAAGAAGUUCCACAAGAAGAACUUCAAAGGCAAGGAGAAUGAGUACAAGCCGAGAUACUCCAACGACAAAUCCAAAGAGAAGAAGUCAUCUACUCCAGACUUGAAGGCCGUAGAGUGUUUUGGCUGUGGCAAAGAGGGACAUUACAAAACUGAUUGUCCUGAGAUUUCAUACUUAGAGCGGAAAGCCCUUCGAGCCAAGAGAGACGAAAAAUACGAGAAGAAGAAGGUCAUGGUAGCCGAAGAUGUAAAGGAUUUCAACUCCUCAACCGAAUCAUCUUCAAGCAACUCAACAAGUUCAGAUGAUGAGAGCCAGGCCCUGAUGGCAAAAGAUGCAGAAAGUGUACCUGACAACAACUUCAACAGCUAUGACAAUGGACUCGAUGGGCCUGAGAUUAGAGAGAAAGAGAUCAGUCAAGCUCAGGCUGAAAAGAAGAAGAACAGUGGCCACUUUUUGGAUGAAACUGGUCUUGAUGAACUGAUUGUAGAAAAUAAUGGACUGAGAAAGGAGAUCGAAACUCUACAAUUGGAGAAGAGCAAACUUCAGUCUCUAUUGGAAGAGACUGAAACUGAUCUAAAACGAACUACAAAGGAACUUGAUGAAGACACAUUCAAAGCAGUUCGACUGAAUGAUAAUAUGGAACAGUGGGUUAAGAAUUACAUGAAGAACUCCCCACUGAUGAAGCAUUUUCCAUCAUCAACACUAGUGGAAAGUGUUGGAGAAAAAUUGACUGCAGCAGAAAAAGGCAAAUGGAUCGAGACUGUGGAAAUAACCGAAGAAUCAGAUGACGAAGCAUCAGUCAAAUCCAAAAGCUUUGUAGAAGAAGAAGACAAGAAAAGAAAAAUGAUGUCUCAUAAGAAUAUUCCUUCUCCUGAAGACUACAGACGACCAAAAGUAAGAUAUUGGAAAGAACAGAAGGUGGUGACCAACAAUCAAAGCCAUCAGUAG